AUUUCCUUAAAUUAUAUUUGGGGUCAGAAAAUUUCCUCAUUGUCUUAAUCACUAUCUUAUCUAGAAACCAAGUAACCACCUUGUUCAUUUACACUACUUCGUACACUCAAAAGUCCAACUAUUACCAUAAAUUAAAUAAUUCAAUAAUUAUUUUCCGGUGAAAACCAAUGAUACAAGCGUCGGAAAAAGAGAAUUACAACUACCCUUCUCCACUUGCUACUCAUGAAGAAGUUAUCAGCCAACCUCAGCUCUUCUUUGAUACACUCAAAAGUCUCCAUUCUAUGUUGGGCACCAAAUUCACGGUACCAGUAAUUGGAAGAAGGGAGCUAGAUUUGCAUGUGUUAUAUGUUGAAGUUACUAAGAGAGGUGGCUAUAUUAAGGUUGUUUCAGAGAAGAAAUGGAGGGAAAUAAGUUCAGUUUUCAAGUUUUCUGUCACUGCCACAAGUGCUUCAUCUGUGCUAAAAAAGCAUUACCUUGGCCUUCUUUACCAGUAUGAGCAACUUUACUUCUUUAAUGUACAAAGCCCUGUAUCCUCAACUCCACCAGAUUCUAGUCCCUUGAGCAUUCCAGCAGUAGGAACAAUUCAUGGGAAAUUCGACUGCGGGUAUUUAGUCUCUGUCAGACUAGGACAGGAACUGCUGAGUGGAGUGAUUUACCAUCCUGUAGAUAAGCAAUGCCCUUCAUCCUCUCCAGCUGAUGAUCUUAGCAUGGCAAUCAUCCCUUACGAUCCCAAUAAGCAACCUCGCCAGGUACCAGGAAAGAGAAGGCGUAAGAGGAAGCGAUGGGGUGGAGAUCCCAGCCACCCAAAACCCAACAGAAGUGGCUACAAUUUCUACUUUUCGGAGAAGCAUUCAGUCCUCAAAUCCCUUUAUCCUAAUAGUCGAGAGAGGGAGUUUACUAAAAUGAUAGGAGAAUCAUGGAACAAUCUUAACUCUGAAGAAAGAAAGGUAUAUCAGAAUAUAGGGGAAAGGGAUAAGGAAAGAUAUAAAAGAGAACUCCAGGAAUACAACGCCAAGUUAGCUGCAAUGAAAGGGAUGUGUAGUUAUGCAUCAAUCUGGAAACUUACCAUAGGUAUGCUGCCACAAGUUGUGCUUGAGUAAACUCUCUUCUUUUAGAAUCUGAAUCCAUCAACAACCUCAAAUGCCACACUCACCGGACGGACAAAUGCCACAGCAUCUAUGAGUUCAUCCUCAGAUCCCUGCAUUCAUGCUUAGAAAUACAUGAAACAAAUUUCUGCAUUAGCUUUGAUACAUCAAGAUCUUAUAAUCAUGCCUGCAGGACCUAAAUUAGUUAGUUUAAAUGCAGCUACCAGAAUUUCCUCAAAAAAAAAAAAAAAAAAAAAGGCAGCUACCAGCAUUUCAAUUACAAAUUCCAAGGCUCAAUAUUUGCAGACAGUCUUUGACAGGUUGAGAGGCAACACCAAUUAUACAUAUUCCACUUUACGAGAAUCCAUCAUAUAGAUUUUUGGUACAAAUUUACAAAGUGUUAACAAUAAUCACUAUGAUAAGGUCAUAGCUAAGUAGUGAUAACACCACCUUCUCCUGCGCAUCACAUUCAGGUUUCUGACUACCAAAAAACCUGCAAAUCAUCUAAAUUGGGCACAAUUGGGUUUCCUUUAAACAUCUCUAUCUCACAAUAAUCAUUACAAUUCUAUCUGCAUGGCAGUGACUGGGAGAUCAUAUAUAU